UCUCUGUCUUCCCUCUGCCUCACUCUUUCUCAGGAUUGAUUCCAGGCCACCUGCACAACAGACACCUGUCAGACACAGAAAGACUUUCCCUCUGAUCACACCAGCCACACUUAGAGGGACACGAUCACACUCAACUGAGCUGGAUGAGAAUUGCUUUACUGGGCGUAAAGUGAAAGCAGUUGUUUUUUUUGAGGUGGACUGUGAAGAAGACAGAAAAAAGGAAGUGAAACCUCUGGAAGAAGCAUGUCGAAAGAGGGGGAUAAAGCAAAUGUGUUUCGUACCACCAAAGUGCGGACCAAGCUGAAGGGUGACGGCAGCUGGCUGCAGCCCCGUGCUGUAACUGAGGCUGAAACUGGGGAGGAGAAACCAUGGUUGGCAGAAGUGAGGGCCGGUCGUGUCAAUGGAGUUCCUAUUGAGACCAGUCCAGCUACAUCACCGACAAAACCCACCCCACCGCCCACCAACUCAGACACUCAAAAACCAACAUCAGGAUUCAUGAUCAGAGGGAUUUUCACUAAGCUAGAUAAGCCGGAUUCACCCACAAACGCACCUGCAACUAACGGCCUGAGUGGGAAAACACAAUUCACCAAAAAACCUUCAGAGAGCUACAAGAAACUAGCCCCUUACACUGUGAAGCCCACUUUGGAGAGCCAGGAGAACCAGCUUAGCCCAGAGGAUCAGGAGAAACGGACGGAGGCAGCCAGCAAUGUUCUGAGUAAAUCUGCAGGACGGCAACGCUCUUAUGUGCUUUCUGCUGCUAAGAAAUUCGAGUCUAAAGCAGAAACACCUGAAGCCUUACCAGACAACAGUAGUCUAGCGUUUGUUGCUAAAAGGGUGGAGAUUACAGAUGAUGAAGAGAGUGCUGUGACUCCAGCACCUGCCAUCCCUCCGCCCUCUAACCCUGUCGCCCCCAUCACAGCUGCUGCUUCUGCACCUCUGCCUAUACCACAGAAACCUGUCGGCUUCAGUGUUAAGAAAGAUGUGGAUGUCACUGUUAAUAAGCCAGCAGCACCAAAGGUUGAGGUGAAGGCCACCAUCCCAGAGCCAACCAAGGAGGAGCCUGCCCCAGUACCUGUUCCAGAAAAAGAUCCAUUCGAAGGCAUGAAACCAGGGUGCACCAAGGUGGCCACUCCUCUCCCUGUACUCCUCCCUGAGUAUGUUAAAGCAGUCCGCACAGAACCAGAGCCAGAAGGCCUUUCAGGGCUAGUCGAAACACCUCUGGUUGACCUGGCCCCGGCAUCCACAACCCCAGCAUCGCCCCCUCCAGCAUCCCCUGCUCUGGCACCAGUAGUCCCGCUGUCACCCACUCCAGUAUCCCCUGUCAAAGCCCCAGCAGUCCCACUAUCACCUACUCCACUAUCCCCUGUCUCAGCCCCAGUAGUCCCACUGAGACCCACUCAAGCAUCCCGUACCCAAGCUCCAGCUCUCCCCAAAUCACCUCGCCCACUACUUUUUCCUACCCCAGCUCCGGUCGUCCCUCUUUCUCCCACUCCACUAUCCCCUGUCCCAGCUCCAGUAGUCCCACUGACACCCACUCUAGCCUCCUCUACCCCAGCUCCAGCUCUCCCCAAAUCACCCUCACCACUCUCUCCUACCCCAGCUCCGGUCGUCCCUCUUUCUCCCACUCCACUAUCCCCUGUCCCAGCUCCAGUAGUCCCACUGUCACCCACUCUAGCCUCCUCUACCCCAGCUCCAGCUCUCCCCAAAUCACCCUCACCACUCUCUCCUACCCCAGCUCCGGUCGUCCCUCUUUCUCCCACUCCACUAUCCCCUGUCCCAGCUCCAGUAGUCCCACUGUCACCCACUCUAGCCUCCCUUACCCCAGCCCCAGCUCUCCCAAAAUACCCCCUGCCACUCUCUCCUACCCCAGUGGUCCCACUUUCUCCCACUCCAGCCUCCCCUACCCCAGCUCCAGCUCUCCCAAAAUCACCUCGCCCUACUUUCACUCCACUGUCACCUGUCCCAAUCUCACCAGCCCUAGUGUCUGCUGUAUCGGCGAUUACAGUAAAGACAGAACCAGAGCCUGAACCAGAACAAGAACUAGAACCAUCUCCAAAGCCAAGCUCCAGUGCUGACACUCUUAGCGCCUUGUCCGACACCCUCAUUUCUUUCAACACAACUUCAACCAGCUUGAUGGAUGAUGAGCCAGAGCUGGCACUGAAAGAAGGAGGCUCUAUGGGCAGUGACGCCGCAGAGGACAGGGAGCCAACUCCGGAGAUCAGCGACUGUACUGCAAUAACAGAAGAUCUCCUGCCUCUCACUGAUGGUCCCGAGGCGUCGGCAGAGCCUGUUCCCCCCAGCCCAGGACGCUGGAGUCAGGAUCUGCUCAGUGGACUAGACAGUAAGUCCACCACAACAAAGACUAGCACCCUGGGUUUCCUGGAUAAUGAUGUCAUAGUAAGGAACGUAGGGAUACGCAGCCUCAGCAUGCAGCCAGAGGAGGAGAAACCGACAGAUGAGACAGCCAAAGAAACACAAAGUUCCACAGAGACAGUCACUGUAACCACCAAAACUGUGAUCAUUACUGACAAAAGUGAAGAGGACAAUGUAGAUCCCUGGCGCUCGAGAGUGAAAACAACCACAACCACUGAAUCAAGCUCGGCUGAUCCGUUUGAUCCAUAUCCGAUAGGGACCACAUCCCACAACAGAUCCUCUGACCUGCUCCAGCCUCUUGCAGAUAUUUCCAUCAGCAGAGCUUCAACUACCGACAUUGAGAAGAAAGAUCUAAGUCCUGACCCAUCUAUGAGCAGUAGUGCAUUGGGAUCCCUUGCAGAUGACGUUAUUCCUAUCAACACUGAAGCUUCCAGCAUCAGCACCCGGCGGUCAUGGACACGCACGUGGGAUUCCAGCACGAGUCGGCAGUCUUACACCGAAGAGAGCCAAGACACCAAACCAAAGGUCCAGGGAGAAGAUCAAAACACGAUGGUCAUGUUUGAGCGAAAGUCCAAGGAGAAUGACUCCCCGUGGGAUAGAUGGACGUCACCCACCGUCUAUGCAAUCCCAGGACAGGAAGAGGAGAAGGAGGAGGGGGAAAGCACUGAGGAUACACAGACGCAGACAGUCACCACCAUCACCACUUUCAGGGAGAUACACAGCGAGCCAGAGCCGGUUAUGGAUCGUUAUGACACCUAUACCAGGACGGUGGUAGAAGACCAGCGCGUCCAAACACCAGAACCUGACCCAAAAAAGAGUUUCGUGUAUUUGAAGGAGUAUGUCAAUGCAACAGAGCUGUCCUUGCAUAAUGCCAGAGACACAGCUGACGGAGGGUCUGACUAUUUGACAUCAAGUUCCGCAAAUUACUCGUACAGCAGCCCGUCCAAUGGCUUGCUGUCAUCCACCUGUAACUACUGUGGAAAGCCGGUCGGAAAUGAUGCCAAGAUCUCCAUCGAGCACCUCAAUAUCAACUGCCACCCUUCCUGCUUCAAGUGUGGCAAUUGUGGAAGGCCGAUGGGAGACCUUCUCGACAGUAUGUUCCUGCAUGGUGGGAACGUCAACUGCGAGAGCUGCUACUCCAGAGCCUUUGACUGAUUAUGGGAGCUCUUCAGCAGACUCUUAUCCUCGUCCUUUUCACUUCAUGUUCAUUUGCAUAUAAAGUGAGACCUGGUCAGUCACAUAGUUUGGACUGCCCAGGUUUAAACUUAGCAAAGAUGACGUUAAGAGCGAUCAAAGACACCGUUGCAGUGAACAAUAUUAUUACUUAAUGUUGACUCUUACAUCAGGUGAAAUUCCUAGUUUCUCACACAUACAAGCUUGUGAUGUUCUUUUUCCUGGUGGUGAAAGCUUUCUCUGCCUCUGUAAACUAUGAAGGAUGUGUCUGUGCAACAUGAUACACUACAUAUAAGACUACAUACAGACUAAUACUGGCAAGUGGGGUACUAUAUUAUAAUUUAGCAGCAUUAGUUAUGCGAGGAAAUUACUUUGUUACAAAAUGUUUACUUCUUUUGUUCUUCCUCAUACAAAACAGUUUGUUAUCAUGUAUGAUGGUUUGUUAAGAAAAUAAAAUGAUUUAUAAAACA